CUCACUCAACUCUGCCCCCCUUUUUUUUCGUAAGCUAAUUUUUUUUGUUUUUUUGUUUUGCCCUUUUCCCUUCUUCUUUUUCUCUUAUACGCAAUGUCCAGUUCGUUUACUGUUCUAUUCGUGAUUGGAAUAAUUGUAUUUUUUCUUGUCACAGUAUUCUUGACAUGCUUUACAAGAUCGCCCAUUGAAUUACCAAUGUCUAUGAGUGGCUAUCCGGAGUACGAAGAUUGGCCAGUCGAUUCAGAAGAUUUGAUUGCGUGUCUUCCUGAAGAUGGACGUCUCAGCUACGAACGAGCUAAAAUAUUCCAGGACAGACAUCCACCAGAUAGCAUACCAACCGAUAUCAGCCCACCACAACUUGUGUCGAUUCAGGAGAACGGUGUUUCUGCGUUUGAAUUUGAGGGUGAGCCUGAUGCAAAUGUAUAUGUAGCUGGUAGAACAGAAUUACAAUUCAUGCAUGGUGAGUGUUCUAUACAGACCAAUUUGCCGUUACCACGACAACAAGAGGUUUAUUAUUGGGAGGCAAAGAUGUUUGAAAAGCCCGAAUCUACCAUCGUCUCUGUGGGCGUAUCAACAAAGCCAUACCCUACAUGGAGAUUACCAGGCUGGAAUAGGUACUCAAUUGGGUAUUUUUCGAACAAUGGAUGUAAAUAUUUUUCUUCUCCGUUUACUGGUAAAUCAUAUGGAAUUCCGUUCAAUCAUGGCGAUAUAGUGGGUGUUGGAUAUAGACAUAGAACUGGCACCGUAUUUUUCACCAGGAACGGAAGACGAUUAGAGGAUGCGUAUACAGGGCUACGAUGGAAUUUGUUCCCAACCAUUGGCGCAAACGGUCCUUGUCAGAUCCACGUCAAUCUGGGACAAUCCGGCUUCGUCUUUGUUGAGGCCAAUGUCAAAAAAUGGGGUCUGGCUCCUCCUCAAGGUACUCUAGCUCCUCCUCCUCCAUACGGCAUCGAACGUGAUACCAUUUUAUUGGCAACUGCUGCCCAAUUAGCUUCCAUAUCUAACACCUCCACCAGUACCAGAGAAGCUGAUUCUUACUCUUUACAUUCACAGCAUUAUACUCCUAUACUGAUCAAUAUUGACGAUGAGGAUGCCACUACAAAUAAUAAUGACGAGCAAGAGGAAACAAUACCUGAUCCACCACCUUAUUCCUUACAGCUGGAUAGUGAAAACAGAAGAAGGAAUUUAUUGGAUUAAACAUCACACUACAUAUAUAAAAUACUCUUUUAUUUUCUUUUGCUGUGCAUUACAAAAUAAAUUUUUUUUCUUUUAACAAUCUA